UCUAAGCAAUUUAUCUGUGCCUGGUAUUUCUGUUUGGGGGAAAAGAGCCUGGUAUGCAGUAAGCAGUGGGAUGUCACCUCUGUGCUCAUGUCCACCAACCUAACCUUCAAUAAUAAAGUCAAGAAAGAAGAAGAAUGGUUGAGAAUAACUCUUCUGAUAGAAAAGACUUAAGAACAAUGCAGCUGGCCUCUUUGAUCCUGUUUCUCCUCUCAGUAAAAAGAACAGAGUAGUUACAGAUCUUACGUCAGUGCUACGUCUGUCUGUCAGUAACCAGAAGCACUAAAGCUGCUACGCUACAGCUAAGCGUGGUUCUGGUAAUUCCAUCAUCUCAAAAAGGGUACAACAAAAUGAGAGAAUAGAAAAGGGCAAUGAUCAUAGUCAUGAAUGCAGAAGCACUGCCAUAUGAAGAUUAUUAAAGCAAGCCAGGCUUUUUCGUUCUGGAAGCUGAAUGAGGGCUGAGAGAAUGUGACAGACGAUUUCAGAAAUGCUUAGCGGAGAUUCGGAGGGAUUCCCAUUUGCAUUCCUUAUGUGGCUACUUGAGGGCAUCAAAAGAAGUUGUAGGAGUCAGAUUCAGAAUAGAAAUCAUUCUUCGUGCAAUGGACAGUACAACUCAUUGCAAAAGGGUGUUGUGGAUGCUGACUAUGUGGAUGUAAGGGGAGACUGGAUAAACACAAAAAUGAGAAAUUUCAUAGAUGUUUUCUGUAUAUAAAGAAACUGCAUCCAGCUGUUCCAUGGAGGUCCAUUGUCACUGCUUUUAUAGACAGAAUACCGAACUAUGUGAUCAUUGUGUUUUCUAUGUCUUCAGAUGGAUCUUAUAUUUUGGGAUAUCUUCUAAAAGCCUGUGUUUUUGAAGAGCCAACUCGAAACCCUAGAUCAAUUUCUUUUGCUGCUUGCAAUAUUCCUUGUGGCCAAUGACUCAAAUAGAAGAAGAUACUGCCAAAGGUGUUGCCCAAUGCUAUUCCAUCACCUCUAUAAAAGCAUUCUAUAAAACUGGUUCUAUAAAACUGGUUUUCAUUGUUGCAUGAAGAUUAUCUCAUAUCUAACUGACUGUUGUCACAGUGCAAGCAGCUCUGAUGAUAGAAAAUAUUAGCCCACUGUUAUAAAUUAAACUUAAUGCAGUUUAAUUUUCCUUUAACUGAAGAGAUUUGCUUUAGAAUGAUGGGAUGUUUUCAUACUGGUUACUUUUAUUUUUUCCCAGGCAUGGAGAAGGCGAUUGUUCGUCCAUAUAAAAGGCCAAAUGCUCUCUGUAGGCUGAUUUGCUUUCCCUGGGCUGGAGGUGGAACUUCUCACUUUGCUCAAUGGGGCAAACUCUUCAGCAGCUCAAUUGAAGUGUCAGUUGUAAGGCUUCCUGGAAGAGAAAGUCGCACUAAGGAGCCUUUUGCAAAGGACAUGACAGCUGUCAUUAAUGAAAUAACCAGUGCUUUGCUGAAAGAUCUGCAAGAAAAACCAUUCGCCUUCUUUGGUCACAGUUUUGGAGCUUACAUCAGCUAUGCAGUUGCAGUACACUUGAAAGAAAAGCAUGGACUAGAGCCGAUCCAUCUUUUUUUAUCAGGGGUAUAUGCCCCACAUUCUGAAGCAUUUCUUCUGAUGGGAAAAGUAAACGAAGCAAAGGAUGAAGACAUUCUUGAACAUGUCAAAUUCUUAGGAGGAACUCCUUCUGAGUUUCUGAAAAAUGAGGACAUCAAGAAACACUUGAUACUUACUGUAAGAAAAGAUGUUAGCAUUCUUCAGACAUACUCUUUUGAGAAGGCAGAAAGAAAAACCAUCUUCUCUUGUGAUGUCACCUGCUUUGAUGGCUCUGAAGAAACAGUGCAUGAUGCCGAAGCCUGGCUCAAUAUAACCAGAGGAGAUACUUCCAUUUACAGUCUUCCUGGAGGUCACUUUUAUCUGCUGGAACCUUCAAAUGAAAUUUUCUUGAUAAAACACAUAACCAAGUGUAUAGAAAAUGCUGCUUUAUGAGUAUUUCCCUCUAUUUUAAUAGCAAGUGUAAGUCUACAGCACUUAAUAAUUAAGUCAUUCUUUCUGCUGAAUUGCACUGUUAUGCCUAAAAGUUACUCUGUUCCUCCAGAAGAUCUUCACUGUAAUUCUUUAAAAGGGUUUAAAGAGUUGUUCUGAUUUUUGAAAAUAAACUCUAGCUUUGUAUCUUAAAAAUAAAACACUUUUCAUUUUUUCUCUCUCUUCUCAUU